GGUCUGGGCGGGUCAGGCCUCUGAGGGGACGGCAUGGGCGGAGACUGCAGGCUUCUGGGCCCGAGAGGGCUGGAGCUGGCUUCCCGGAGCCGGGGGCGGGGCGCGGGCGGGCCUCGGCCGUGGUUACUGGUGACAGGUCGCCUGACUGGGCUCCUCCCCGGGCCCGCCCCCACAGGUUUGUCUUGUGACCGCGGGCGGCCGCCGCUUCUUUCCCGAGAUUGGAACUUCGUUAUCCGCGAUGCGUUUCCUGGCCGCUACAUUCCUGCUCCUGGCGCUCAGCGCCGCCGCCCAGGCCGAACCCGUGCAGUUCAAGGACUGCGGUUCUGUGGAUGGAGUUAUAAAGGAAGUGAAUGUGAGCCCAUGCCCCACCCAGCCCUGCCAACUGAGCAAAGGACAGUCUUACAGCGUCAAUGUCACCUUCACCAGCAAUAUUCAAUCUAAAAGCAGCAAAGCCGUGGUGCAUGGCAUCCUGAUGGGCGUCCCAGUUCCCUUUCCCAUUCCUGAGCCUGAUGGUUGUAAAAGUGGAAUUAACUGUCCCAUCCAAAAAGACAAGACCUAUAGCUACCUGAAUAAACUACCAGUGAAAAGCGAAUAUCCCUCUAUAAAAUUGGUGGUGGAGUGGCAACUUCAGGAUGACAAAAACCAAAGUCUCUUCUGCUGGGAAAUCCCAGUACAGAUCGUCAGGCCAAGAGAAAGAAUGAGGAGUUCGGUGAGCCCAGCUUCCCUCUCCACAGGGUGCCUUCCUGCCUUGCCAAUGGCCUCUUUCCCUGGGCUCCAUGGAUCUGCACUCCAAGCUGCAUCCAGAUCUGCAGGAUGCUAGGCCACUAGAUCCCCCUCGACCUUGGAACCUCAAAGGCCUGCUGUGCCGUGGGGUCUCGCCACCUUAGGAUGGACAGGGGAUGGAUGGAUCUGACUCCACUUCCCUCUCCUGGCACCUUUCUCUGAACUGUGUCUGCCUGGAGUCUCCUCUCCAGCUCAACAUCAGUUCCACUCACUUCUCCCCCGGGCCUGGCUGGGCGUUUGGGUCACACCCCCCAUCAGCUCCUUUCAAUCCAUGCUCCUACUGCCCUGCCAGGGCUUUCCCCCAGUCCCUCUUCAUCCUUUCUUGGGCACUUCACUUUCUCUUAU